GACAGCUUGUAUAAAUAUAAAAGUUCGAAAUAUAUAUAUUUAUUCCACAUUCACAGCGAGAAGAAGAUUACAGAGAGCAUCAACCGUAACUGCCGAUUUGUUAAGCUAUCAUUUCAGGUGAUGGGUUUGAAGGAGGAAUUCGAGGAGUAUGCUGCAAAGGCGAAGACCUUGCCUGAAAACACUUCCAAUGAAAAUAUGCUAAUUCUGUAUGGGCUUUACAAGCAAGCCACUGUUGGAAAUGUCACUACUUCUCGUCCGGGAAUGCUGAACAUGAAAGAUAGGGCUAAGUGGGAUGCAUGGAAGGCCAAUGAAGGGAAAUCUUCUGAGGCAGCAAUGGCAGACUACAUCACAAAGGUAAAGCAGUUGCUUGAAGAAGCUUCGAUGAGUUGAUUGUCUUGUUCAAAUGCUCGUUUCGUUUCAAUUGUUUGUGUUUUUCCAAUACUCUUGAUUGAAUUAGUUUAAUGUUGGGUAGUA